UGGGCUGUUGCCCUUUUAAGUGUUUUCCCCUGAAUGGAGUGUGCCUGGUGGAAGGCACGUUGAGGCGGUACGUGUGAUGAACAUUGAGCUCAGCUGGACGGCAUGCGGCUGUGGCCAAACCUCCAGCCACCCGCUCAUUCACUCCCUCAGUGUAAAAACAAUGGCGGCAAGCAGCUGGGGACAGGAGGUUCGCGUUUUCCUCACUGCUCGGGGUUAGCCUCUGAGCGGAUUCCGAGCGGACUGGCAGCUUCUCCGCCAUGGAAGGCGCGGCGGAGAACCCCAACCGAGCCGUGGAAUAUCUGAAGGAGCUGAAUAAGAUCAUCGAGACCCAGCAAGAGUUGCUGGAGAACCAGAAGAAGCGCAUCGAAGAGCUGGAGCAGCAAGUGGCCGAGCUGUGGAAGGAGAACGCCUCUCUCAAAGAGGAGCACCAACGGCAUCUGGCCACUUGCCGCUUACAGAGCACCAACUACACGCCUCUGGCAUCAAUUAAAGAGGACUUAAAACACGAAAAAUAUGAAGGAGAGAGUUCUGGAAGUGUCAGUGUGGAGGGUGAUGCUCCAGGAAGUGAGACGGGCACCUCUCUUGACAGCCCUUCAAACUAUAGCCAGGGUCCAAUAACUCAUAGUGCUGCUGCCAGUCCUGAUCAAUUUGAUGGUUCCUCUUUGGUAUCAUUCCCUGCCUCACCUGGUCAUCAGCGUCCUAGGCGGCCCAAGCUUCAACAUUCCACCUCCAUACUACGAAAGCAAGCAGAGGAAGACGCAAUUAAGCGCUCCAGGUCUCUGUCAGAAAGCUAUGAGCUCUCCUCAGAUCUGCAGGAUAAACAGGUGGAGAUGCUUGAACGUAAAUACGGAGGACGUUUCAUAACCAGACAUGCUGCUCGAACCAUUCAGACAGCAUUCCGCCAAUAUCAAAUGAACAAAAACUUUGAAAGACUUCGAAGUUCUAUGUCUGAGAAUCGUAUGUCCAGGCGCAUCGUUCUGUCCAAUAUGAGAAUGCAGUUUUCUUUUGAAGGACCUGAGAAAGUCCACAGCUCGUUUUUUGAGGGGAAACAGAUGUCCAUGACUGAUGAUGCAGGAAAAGUGGGAACUGUUGUCCAGUCUGACUGUGGGGAUGUGGGAGGCACAGCAGUGAUCAAAUCUCCUGCUGCAAAUAAUGAUUUUGCAGAUGCAAUAACUGAGCUUGAAGAUGCUUUCUCGAGGCAAGUAAAAUCACUUGCAGAAUCGAUUGAUGAUGCGCUCAAUUGCCGUAGCUUACACACAGAUGAUGGGCAACCUGCUGAUCAGAGCAAACGUUACAAAGAAACCUUACAAAAAGAGGAAGAGGUGGAUAGUCUAUCGUAUGCUAAAUCCACACGUGAUGCUGAACGCAGAAAAUUGGAUGAAAUGUCCGCUUCCUAUAGCGAUGUCACCCUGUACAUUGAUGAAGAAGAACUUUCUCCUCCACUUCCUGUUUCACUACAAUCUGUGGACAGACCAUCCAGCACAGAGUCAGAGUUCCGGCUCCGAUCAGUGAAUUCUGGCCAGGAAUACUGGUCCAUGACUCACCGGGAUGAUAAACCAGACACAGACACAAGCUGCAGGAGCACCCCUUCUUUAGAGUGUCAGGAAUCGAGACUUCGUGUUGAUCAUCUCCCUUUACUAACUAUCGAGCCCCCCAGUGAUAGUUCAGUCGAUUUAAGUGACCGUUCAGAGAGAGGUUCACUAAAGAGGCAAAAUGCUUAUGAGCAGAGCCCCAAUAGCCAACGGGCAAGUCCCAAGCAUAUCCCGCAUUCUGUACCCACAAGAGUGUUCCACCGUGAUGAGGAACCUGCUCGCCAUCGACCACGACAGAUUGACAGCCACUUGGCUAUUAAUGGCUCAGCAAAUCGGCAAAGCAAGUCAGAGUCUGAUUUCUCUGAUGGGGAUAAUGAUAGUAUCAAUAGCACUUCAAACUCCAACGAUACAAUAAACUGUAGCUCUGAGUCCUCUUCCAGAGACAGUUUGCGAGAGCAAACCUUGAGCAAACAAACAUACCACAAGGAAACCCGAAACAGCUGGGAUUCUCCUGCAUUUAGCAAUGAUAUCAUAAGAAAACGUCACUACCGGAUUGGCCUAAACCUCUUCAAUAAAAAGCCUGAGAAAGGUGUGCAGUAUCUGAUUGAGCGUGGCUUUGUUCCUGAUACACCUGUUGGUAUUGCUCACUUCCUCCUUCAGCGGAAAGGUCUCAGCAGGCAGAUGAUUGGCGAGUUUUUAGGCAAUCGGCAGAAGCAGUUCAACAGAGAUGUACUUGAUUGUGUUGUUGACGAGAUGGACUUUUCAGGCAUGGAAUUAGAUGAAGCUCUCAGAAAGUUCCAGGCACACAUUCGGGUCCAAGGAGAGGCACAGAAAGUAGAACGUCUCAUCGAGGCUUUCAGCCAAAGAUACUGUAUCUGCAAUUCGGGGGUUGUGCGACAGUUCCGAAAUCCUGAUACCAUCUUCAUCCUAGCCUUUGCAAUCAUUUUGUUGAACACAGACAUGUACAGUCCCAAUGUGAAACCAGAACGGAAAAUGAAAUUAGAGGAUUUUGUCAAGAAUUUGCGAGGGGUGGAUGAUGGAGAAGACAUCCCUCGAGAAAUGCUUACGGGAAUUUAUGAACGAAUCCGCAAAAGGGAACUGAAGACGAAUGAGGAUCAUGUCUCCCAGGUUCAGAAGGUUGAGAAGUUGAUUGUGGGCAAGAAACCAAUUGGAUCUCUACAUCAUGGACUUGGUUGUGUACUUUCCCUACCCCAUCGACGGUUAGUCUGCUACUGCCGAUUAUUUGAAGUUCCAGAUCCCAAUAAGCCUCAAAAACUUGGCUUACAUCAACGAGAAAUAUUUCUAUUUAAUGACCUUCUUGUGGUUACAAAGAUAUUUCAAAAGAAGAAAAAUUCAGUGACAUACAGCUUCCGGCAGUCAUUUUCCUUGUAUGGGAUACAAGUUCUUCUCUUUGAAAAUCAGUAUUAUCCAAAUGGGAUCCGACUUACUUCAGCUAUUUCAGGUGCUGACAUCAAAGUCCUGAUUAAUUUCAAUGCCCCCAACCCACAAGAUCGCAAAAAAUUCACUGAUGAUCUACGUGAGUCUAUUGCUGAAGUUCAAGAGAUGGAAAAAUACAGAAUAGAAUCUGAACUAGAAAAGCAGAAAGGAAUUGUACGCCCAAGUAUCUCUCAAAGUUCAGGCCUGAAAAAGGAACCUGGUAUUGGCACAAUAAGCAGGACCAGUCUGGAUGACAGUUAUACCACUGGGGAAGGGUUAAAGAGGACCGCACUAAGUAGUUCCCUCAGGGACCUCUCAGAAGCAGGCAAGCGUGGGCGCCGCAGCAGUGCAGGAUCGCUAGACAGCAAUAUGGAAGGGUCAGUCAUUAACAGCCCUCAUGCACGUCGAAGAGCCACCACAUCUACACGAGGAGAGUGUCCAAUCCGUCCUCACCAGACAUUGUCAAAUUCAUCAUCACUGCUUGGUUCUUUGUUUGGUAGUAAAAGAGGGAAAUCCUCUUCCCAGGCUUAUUCCGCACCAGGGUCAUCUCAGCAACUUCAAUAUCCACCACAUCAGCAACAUCCCUCUGUUGUGCAUCACCCAGGCCAGACAGAAGUACAGACGCAGCAGUUGCACUCAAUUCACUCCCAGUUCUGUCAUAUGCAACAGACCCAGCCCCUCCCACCUCCUUAUCAUCAUCAUCACCACUACCACCCACCUCAACAUGCUCAGCUCCCUCAUCAGCAUCACCAACACAUACAGCAUUCCCAACACACUUCGCAUUCCCAACAUGCUCCCUAUGUGCAACAACACCCGCAUGCAGCUCACGCCUCUGUGCCCACUCCCCAUCCCCAGCAUCCUACUCACUCACAGCACCCUCAACAUCUCCAUGGCCAACAACCCCCUUCUGCUACCAGUGGCAAGACCAAACACACAAGUGGCAUCAGCACAAUAGUCUAGGUGGAAAGGUAGAACUUAGAACAUUGAACACUUAUCAUAUUACAAAGAAGCUGCACUAACUCUUAUGAAAACACUUAAAUGCAGCAAAAGGUAAAUCUGACUUCUUAAUUUUAAUCGGUCGAAUUACUACUGUGUGCUUUAUAUAGCAACCCAUCAGUAACAUAAUUUACAUUCCCAGUGUAAUGUUAGAAAGUACUGUAAUUGGCUUCAUCCCUCCAGGCGUUCAGGGGAAAAUUUUCCUUGAUUUCUUUUUUGCCUUGCUUGAGGCAAGCUGGGAGCUUACUGUGCUGCUUGCCAUUCAGUGCUUUUGCUCUUGGACUUCGAGCAGAUGUUACGGCUUUUUUUUCUUUCCCUUGGAGUAUUGCCUGAUGGCUUUUCUGUUAGUUCAGAUAUAGGAGUCUGUAAGAAAGGAAUAUGGUGUGGAUUCUAAACUAACUUGCUUCAUCACACUGGUUUUUAACAAUUGCUGAAACCCUUUUGUGGAUAGAAGGUUGUUAUAGUUUAUUUGAAUUCUGUUUUUGAUCAUUUAAAAAAUAAUGAAUUGCGUAUGAAAAGUAUUGCUUAGCACCCUGAAGCUGCAAAACAUGCCUCAAGUUUAAAGGAAAAAUGUAGGUUCAGUUAUAUUUUAGCACUGAAACAUAAAAAUGAAGUUGUGGAAUUCUGACCAUUUUAAACUAUUCCAGUAUUUAUUCAACUUUAGCCCCCAGUAUCAACAAACACAUCAAUUGUAAUCUUUAAGUGUGCCAACUAUAUCAUCACAUGCUAUUUUAAUCAAGACCUGCUUUGUGUAUAACAUGCAUAUUUUAAUAGAAAAAUGAAAGCCUAUUUGACUUAUCAGUAUUGAAAUUAGUAUAGUGAGCUAACUGUGAAAUUUGGUGCAGUUUGCUAUUGAAAUGGUAUUUAAUCAUCUGUUUUGGCAUCCUUUAUUCCAAUAAUAAUUGCUUAUCAGGUGGGAAAAAUGAAGGGAUAACAUUUGGAAUAGAUCCAGAUUUACUUCAUCCAUUUACAAAUGAGAGUUCAGUAUAAACAGAAUUCCAUGUUCAUUUGCACACACAUGAAUAUUAAUAAGCCCACUUCAAGUAAUUAGCAGGAUAAAGCAUUAAAAUUUUGAAGGAUAAAAUUCCUUUCUUUUUUGAGAUGAUUUUCAGGAGAUAAAUAUAUAUUUUUGCUUCAAAGUACAUUGCACUCAGCAGGCUGAGUACAUCUCUCUCACAUCACUAUUAUACUUGUUUUAUGAAAUUUAAAAUAUGGUCCCUAUAUUUCAAAAAAGGAUUGGUGAUAUCAAAUAAAAUCUAAUUAUUGCAGCAGACACACUGUUGAAGUGAACAGCUUGCAAAAUAAUAUAUUCAGUGACAACGUGAGGGGUCUGCUAAAACUGAAGGAACACUUCUGGCUUGGACCAUUCUGACAUAGAAGAUGAGCUCAAACUAAUAUUUUUUAUUCUGACAACAACAAAUUCACCAAACAUGAAUACCAGCAAACUUAUGAACUGAGCACUUUGUUAGCUGCCAUAGUGAGCAAAUACAGCAGAUAGAGUUUAGCCUUUUUUUAAGUUGAGUUUCUUUAAUGUGCAAUAUUUUCUUAUAAUUAUGUACUGAAGUGAGAAUAAAUGUCAGGUUUAUUAAUUUAAUCAUUCUUGAACAUCAUAGAUCGUGAAGUCUUAUCUCUUGGAAUCAGACUGAUUCCUGGGAUUCUGUUCCUUGCAGUAUAAAGAACGAAGCGCUUUCAAUGAAGCAGGCUAUCUUGCAUGACAUUUAAUGUUAAUAUGAUGAGGCUACACUCUACAUACUGUAUAUUUGCAAAGUUUCAGUGUUGACAUUAAAUAUAGUUGAAGUAGGGUGAUCUCAUAUUAAAAUACUUACUGUUUCUUCAUACCUCUUUAUAAGUAUAGUCCAAUUGUAAUCCCAAACCUGUUCCAAAAAAGAUCUGGUUGCCAUUUGAGAUGAUAGUGGUGGUGGGAAGGAUUAGUUUCAAGGUCCAGGACCUAUAUAAACUGCACAAUAGCUCCUUCAGGAAGACUUUUGUCUGUUACAUAUACUGUGCAUAAAUUGUUUGAAAUGACCACAAAUUUUCAUUGUAAAUAAAAAUGUAUUAAAUUGGGAAUAGUGUGGAUUCUUUUUAUUUCCAAUGCUUAAGCACCUGUAUAAUCAGUUUGUCCAAGUUAAUGUUUAGCUCUGCAUGUUUUGUGAGUGCUGAUGUGUACACAAGUUCAAACACAUGGCAUUUAGACUUUCAUCAAGAUGUUGGAUCUUUAGCAUAUAUGUUUGGCUUACGCAAAUAAUUUCUACCAGAUGAUGCCAGAUCAACAGGAAUACACUGUGGCCUGUAAUUCACCCACUUUAUCUUGCAGACCUGAUCUUUUCUGGAAUAAAUCAAAUAAUGUGUAUUUGUAUUUGAUUUUUUUAAGUUAAGAAUGAAAUGUAUGACAAUGUAAUUUUUUGGAUAAGAUCACUUUAAUAUUAGUGUACAAGUAUUGUAUUGCUUCUAAAAAAAGAAAAAAAUGCAAUCGUCUGAUGUCAGAUUUUUUUCCCAUCGUGCACUGCAUGCUGCAGUAGCUGCUUGUUUCUUGUAACAACAAACUGAAUGAAAGUCACCAAAUACAAAGUGAAAAUCUUAAUGUUAGAUUACUGUCUCAUGUAAAAGCUGUGUUGCUACAAUCCAGCAUGCAUUUAGGUUUGUACUCAUUGUACAAUAUCAUUUGGCAAAGCCAAUUCUGCCUGCAACUCUAAAGAAGCAAUUGUGUACAUACUUGGAAUGGAAUGCCAUAUCUCAAGGGGAGAAAUGGGGAGAGGAGUAGGCAAUUAAACAAGAGGUGGGGCUAAUGAAUCGGCAAUCCUUUAAUUUGUAUAUAGUGUGUAAAUUAGUAUUACAAAUAUACCCAAUAAUUUGGGUUGCAUUCCUUAUGUUUCUAAUCUACCAUAAUGCUUAGGUCUGUUAUACAUCUGUGGCAGCCCAUACCAAAUUGUUAGCUUAUUGCAAGUGAUGAGUACUUGAAAACAGACUGUUAAUUUUCAGAUGCUUUCAACUAUUCAUGCAUUGUAAUUGUUCUCCAAGGCUCAUGAUCCAUUUUGUAUGGAAGGAGAGAGGAGUGCUUUCAUUUUAUUAUGCAUUAUAAUUGUAAGUAGUACACAGCCCUAUCCAUGUCAAACUAUGACUGUGAUAAUGUGGAGAACGCAAAAUAAACCAUACAAGAUUAAACUUGAUGUUUUUUUUAUUUA